AUGCUCGAUGAGGAUGAAUACAUGGCCGAGCCUGCGAAGUUUUCCGAUAAUCCUGAAUUCGAAGAAUAUGUUGAUCAAUUAAUGGCCAACCUAUUUGAGAUGAAUGGGCAUCUUAGCACCCUAAAGCAGUUUAUAGCAACAUUGGAAAGGAAUCGAGAACAUGGAAAUGUGAAAUCUAAAAUGGUCGCCAAUAUUGACAAAAGAUCCGUUUAUCACAUUGAUGAAACUACGAAGCUUUUGAAAAUAGUCAACACGCUCGUUCACAAGAUCAAUGCCAUAGAGGAGACUGCUUUGGGACGAGGGCAGUUAAUAUCGAGGGACAAAUUGAUACGUGAUGUCAAGUACUCGGUGCAGGAGUUUCAAGAUGCAAGAAAGGAGUUUACCAACACGUCCAAAGCCAUGAAUGAGCAAGCCAAGGUAGCGUUGGCACAAGAAGAAGAAACGCGCAAUACGGCUGGCUCGAAUGCUAACGGGGCAGUUUUAGAACAGCAGCAACAGCAGCAGCAACAACAAGUGGUUAUUGAACGAGAGGCAAUAAAUAACGAGGAGUUCGCAUAUCAGCAGAAUCUGAUACAACAGCGAGAUCAAGAGAUAUCAUACAUUGAAAGCGGCGUCACGGAGCUGAACGAAAUAUUUCGUGAUUUGGGCACAAUCGUGCAACAGCAGGGCCAUUUAGUUGACAAUAUCGAAAGCAAUAUCUAUUCUGUGGCAAAUGACGCUCAAUCUGGGGCUCGGGAACUAACCAAAGCUAUGCGAUACCAAAGAGGCUCUAAUAAACGAUGCCUAAUGAUCUUAGCAGUGGUUUCGCUUCUCUUGGUGAUGUUUAUUUUAGUAGCACUCAGCUAG